GGUGAACUUGGAGGGCAGCAGGCUGAAUCCUGCACCCCAUGAAGAGUGAGACUGGUGGGACUGAGGGAAGAAGGAGGAGGACUUAGCGAGAUUAAUCUCUCGUAGAGUUGUGAGAAUAACCAGGAUUCAUGGGCUUCUCAGCAACAGAUUUCCAGGUAAGCAGACAGCACUUUGACUUGCUCCAUGUGACAGAGCAUAGAUCUGUACUGGCAACUCUGGAAUUCCCUGCCACUGGUCACAGGUAAGAUCGACCGUACUUCUGUGCUCACACAUGAACCCUGCAAAGCACAGGCUGCACAGAAGCACCAAGAAAGCAGUGGCUUGAAAGCACUUCUUCCCUGAAUUUUCCUGAAGUCCUUGUCUGCAGCUGCUCUACCGCAAACAAUGCUGGACCCUGCACGGAACACAUGAGAAAGUGGUAAGAAAGAACUCCUUCUGGCAGCUGAGGGGGGCUGGUGACACAUCAGCUGGGAGAGUUUGCCAGGUCUCUGCCAUUUUUGCAUGAAGGAGGAGCAGGGAGCAGGACUGGACAAGAGCCAGAGCAUCUUUCCUGGUGUGACCAACCCUUCCCUCUGGCUAGCAGUCUGUGGUACAGCAGGAGUGACAAACCUGGCAGGAGCUGCUAGCGAGAGGGGAGGGAGAGCAGGGCGGUCACGGCUGCUUUCUGGCAGGAGGUGAUGGGGAGCUCUCGGGCACCCCUGUGUCUACCCCUCCCAGCACCGAACUCACCAGGGAGGAGGAUGAGGCCAGGAAGAGGAAAUCUUGGUAAACAGUUUUUAUGUUGUGAUUACAGGAACUGUGGAGAGAGAGCCUCAGUGCUAGUGAACCAGGGAGAUUUUUCUUGGAGAAGGCAAAUUUCUCUCCCAUGUUGGGAGUCCUGUUUCUUUCUGAUAUUUCUUUAGUUGUUCAUGUCAUGGCUCUUCAGUCUGAGUAGUUUUACAAAUGUGUUGUGGAGAUGAAAGCACCAGGGAAAGCUGCUCAGGAUCAAGUUGGAAAAGCUUUUAACUUUCAACUCCUUACAGACAAAGGCACACGGAGGGAGGGGGGGAGUGCAAAGACUGGGAAAAGGAAGAGGAAGGAGCAAAAAGAGAUAAGGAGAACAGAUGAGUGAAAGGGACAGAGCAGGGAAGACAAAUCACAAGAGAAGGAACAAGUCACUAGCAGAAAGAAAGGGAAAGAUAGGGAGAGAACAAAGCAAAGGGGCCUGGAGCUCAACGAGAUGGGGAGAGUAUAUCAGAAUAAGGGAAGAGUGCUGCAAGUAGAGGAGAGCUAGGAAAUACAAAAGAGCUAUUUGAAUGCUGGGAUAAAGCGAUGAUGGGAAUAAGAGGAAAGGAGAAGCCAGAUGAGGACUAAAUUCCCAUGGAGAUAAAGGGGAUGGCAGCAAAGUCAAAGGAUGACACAUCCAUCCUCCUGUCACUGAGAAUACAAGACAUGACAUGAAAGUGACAUGUCAACUUUUGAGAGCGGCUGCAGGACGGAGCUGUGGAGGCUGCGUUCAGUGCUGGCGCAUGUGGGGAGUCGUGCUCACAAAGGGAGCGAUCAUGUCACAGGCGGUCCUUGUUCUCCUGCUUCGCAUCCUCCGUCACCCCUUCCCCACAGUGCAUGGGGCAGCUCCUGGCCUGUGCUACUGUGUGACCUGGGCAUACCCUGAAGCACUGCCGACUUCAGGUCUCACGGCAGGACUGUCGAAACGUGCCUUGUUACAGUGCUCUCUGGGGCUCGUUUGGGAGCUGGGCUGGGGCAGGCCUGGCUGGCCUUACCGGCACCCUGCAGGGCAGCAGCAAGAGGGCAUAGUAUCACAGAAUCACGGAAUCAUAGAAUGGUGGGGGCUGGAAGGGACGUCUAAAGGCCAUCUAGUCCAACCCCGCUGCAAUGAGCAGGGACAUCUUCAACUAGAUUGGGGCACGGAGCAGCUGUGAGAUGGGGAGGGGGUGAUGGAAGGAGAGACAAACCUUCCCUGGCUCCAUGGUAAGGGGGUCUUAGCAAAAACAGAUUGGAAAAGGGCACAACAACUACAGACAAGCGCGGGAACCAUCUCCACCCAGUACCAUACCAGCUUAUUGGAUGCUUUCUGCCAGGUGGGCUCAGCUCCAUCUGCGCUGCCACCGCACUGUGAGAGACAGCCUCUUGGCUGUCCCAGGGAAAGGAUCUGGGUGUUCCCAGUGCCUGUGUCAAUGUUGGCACAAGAGCCCAGCAGCUGUCCUAGGGCUAGAUUGGCACUGAGCAAGGUCUCUGUUUGCAGACAGUGUUAGUGGUGGAGCAGCUGUACUCCAGGCUUUGCUCCUUUCCCUGCAAGAGCAGCAGGCACAAGUGGGAUCUACUUUGGCAGCAGUGCUUGCAGCUGGGAGGUUUCUCGCUCUCACACUGGGAUUGAGAACAUUUCUAGAUGCUUCCAUGUCUGAAGGGGCUGGUAUGGAGUAUUUCCUAGGUCUUCUUCAGGGCCCCAUUGGCCUUUGAGGGUGGGAGUCAUGCAGUAGUAUGAGGAUGGGAAGCCUUGUACCAACCAGUGCAAAGGUGGGGAGGAGACCUGCCUGAGCCUGCUGCUGCUGGAUCUGUGCCCUGUUCAUCUCUUGGUCCUGGAAAGGAGGAGUCACUCCUGGAUUCAUGCUGUGGUUAUAAACCACUCUCUUUUGCUUUCCAUCCGCCUCUCCCUGACCUGCAGGCCACCUGCCUGUGCAGGAAGCAGCAGACCCAGGUGGUCUGUGGGUAACCUGCUGCUGGGUUACCACUGUCUCUCGGCCCCUUACUGGCCAAGCAGAGGAUUUGUUUGCCAUGUGCAAGGUGCUGCACACGUGGAGCAACAGGGCAUUUCCUUCUCCGGUGUUCGCUCGUGUUCCUUCCAGGGCUGAACUCCAAGGCCCAAUACCAGAGAUUGCUGUGGAAGCAGGAGAGCAUUUUUCUCCAGCCUCACCAGCCUUGAGCUUCUUCCCCGCUUCCACCUUCCACCUGUCCUGAUCGUGCCCAGAGUGGCCUGUAAACGUGGCACUCUGCUGUGGAUCCUGCUGGUACGUGACUCUCUACUGCAGGCAGGGAGCUGUGCGGCCAUUCCUGCCCCUGCAACCCCUGAGUGCUGCUGAGCCUGGAUGGCGCCUGCCACGCUUCAAGCAGGGCUCUGGAGGAAGCACCUGAGACCUGAGAGUAACAGAUGACAGCAGAUUAUUUCUGCAAGCUGGUGAAGAUGUGCAUGUUUCAUGAGUAGUUCUGGCCGUGGCUGGUGUCGCAGAGCUCUGGUGGAAGCUCAGCAUGUUGGUGCAGGGAGAGAUGGAUGCUGCAUACCCAUCCCCAUCUCCUGAUCAGGCCUCUUCUCCCCAGGCUCCUGGGGAUGCUGCCAGCUGCCCUGCACCUCCCUGCGUGAGCCAGCAGAGGAUGGAAGUGACCGGCAUCAGCUGGGCAAAGGACCCUUCGCCAGGUGCUGGGAUGUCAUCCCCCUGAAGAUGGGAGUUACAAAUGGGCUUGUGAACUGCACGUGCAGCACAGGUGCCUGUGCUGCCAGACCCUUUGCGCAGUAGUCCAGGGCCACCGCGGGACAGGCAGACGUUGGCCACAGCAGCUCGUCCUGUUAACUCCUCUGUGAAACCGCACGUGGAAAAGCUUCCCUUCACUUCCCGCGAAUGACGGUUGUGGGUGCCCAUGCCCUGCACGCUGCUGUGGAGCUCCAUGCCUGCUGGCAGGGUGGGCAGCAGGCUGUGCGUGACCCCGCUCCCCAGUGAGACCAGCGGCAGCUGAGCACGGAGCCGUGCAGCUCUGUCCCCAGGGACAAAUGCCAGCUGCCAGACUCUUCUCCGGAGACCCAGGAACAGCCUGCGAGGCACCAGCACUGGCUGCUCCCAUGCUAGCAGCAGGCAGUCCGGGACGCCUGUUGUUACAGAUGUGACUCCAGCCUGCUGAGACAGGAGUGCUCCAGCUGCAGGACACAGCACUCAGCAGGGAUGGGGAUGCUCUGCAUUGACCGGUGAGCCCCGCGCUGCUGGUGUGGACUUUCCUCCUCCUCUUCCCUAAAGGAUGCUAGUUGCCUAUCCGAAAGCUACUGCUCAUGCAGUCUCCUAGAGUGCCAUGGCGAAGGGUCUGCAGGGCUUCUCGUGGACCAUGCUGCUGCUGUUCUGUGCCAUCCAGGAGCUGGGGGCCUGGGCCAUGCACACUGCAGUGGAGGGUGCUGGCCUAGGGCAGCCAGGGGACCCUGCGCUGCUGGCUGGCGGGCGAGUGAAGCGUGGCUGGGUCUGGAAUCAAUUCUUUGUGGUGGAGGAGUACACGGGCACGGAGCCGCUGUAUGUGGGGAAGAUCCACUCGGACUCGGAUGAGGGGGACGGCUCCAUCAAGUACACUAUCUCCGGGGAGGGCGCAGGGACUAUCUUCCUCAUCGAUGAGAUCACAGGUGACAUCCAUGCCACCGAGCGCCUGGACCGGGAGCAGAAAACCUUCUACACGCUGCGGGCUCAGGCCCGUGACCGGCAGACGGACCAGCUGCUGGAGCCUGAGUCAGAGUUCAUCAUCAAGGUGCAGGACAUCAACGACAGCGAGCCACGCUUCCUGGAGGGGCCCUACAUCGGCAGUGUGGCUGAGCUGUCCCCCAUCGGCACCUCUGUGAUGCAGGUGAUGGCGUCUGAUGCUGAUGACCCCACGUACGGGAGCAGUGCCCGGGUAGUCUACAGCGUGCUGGAGGGCGAGCAGCACUUUACUGUGGACAGUAAAACAGGUGUGAUCCGGACAGCCGUGGCUGACCUGGACCGUGAGACGCAGGACCGGUACGAGGUGGUGAUCCGUGCAACAGACAUGGCAGGACAGCUGGGUGGCCUGUCUGGAUCCACGACAGUCACCAUCGUAGUCACCGAUGUCAAUGACAACCCACCACGCUUCCCUCAGAAGAUGUAUCAGUUCAGCAUCGUUGAAACUGCCCCUGUGGGCACUGCCAUCGGGAGGGUGAAGGCAGAGGACUCUGACGUCGGGGAGAACACGGACAUGACAUAUCAGGUGAAGGAUGAGGAAGGGGUGGAGAUGUUCAAAGUCACCACGGACAGCAAUACCCAAGAGGCUGUCAUCACAGUACAGAAGCCUCUCGACUACGAGUCGAAAAAAGUGCACACUGUCGUGGUGGAGGCCCUCAACAAGUUUGUGGACCCGCGGUUUGUGGACCUGGGCACCUUCCGGGACCAGACCAUCGUGCGGGUCUCGGUGCUGGACGUCGACGAGCCCCCCGAGUUCCGUCCCCCCUCCAACCUGAUGGAGGUCCAGGAAGACGCGGACGUUGGCUCUGUCGUGGGGGUGGUCACCGCCCUUGAUCCGGACACAGCGAACCAUCCUGUCCGGUACGCCAUCGACCGCAGCACAGAUGCAGAGAGGAUCUUUGACAUCGAUGCCAACACAGGUGCCAUUGUGACAGGAAAGGUCCUGGACCGGGAGACGGCAGGGUGGCACAACAUCACUGUCCUGGCGAUGGAAGCAGAUAAUCACUCACAGGUAUCGAGAGCCUCUCUCCGUAUCCGUAUCCUGGAUGUGAAUGACAAUCCGCCCGAGCUUGCCACCCCCUACGAAGCUGCUGUGUGUGAGGAUGCCAAGCCAGGCCAGCUGAUCCAGACAAUAAGUGUUGUGGACCGUGAUGAGCCUCAGGGCGGCCAUCGUUUCUACUUCACGCUGGCACCUGAAGCCACCAACAACCACCAUUUUUCUCUGCUGGAUAUUAAGGACAACACGGCUGCGGUGCACACGCAGAGAAUGGGCUUCAAUCGCCAGGAGCAGGACGUGUACUUGCUCCCCAUUUUGGUGGUGGACAGCGGCCCCCCAGCCCUCAGCAGCACAGGGACUCUGACCAUCCGCAUCUGCGGCUGUGACAGCAACGGGGCCAUCCAGUCCUGCAACAGCACAGCCUACGUCGUGUCAGCGACGCUGAGCCCCGGCGCCCUCAUCGCGCUGCUGGUGUGCAUCCUCAUUCUGGUUGUGCUGGUCCUUCUGAUCCUCACGCUGAAGCGACACCACAAAAGCCACCUGACAUCCGAGGAUGACGAGGACAUGAGGGACAAUGUCAUCAAAUACAACGACGAAGGGGGUGGCGAGCAGGACACAGAGGCCUAUGACAUGUCAGCCCUGCGCAGUCUCUACGACUUCAGUGAGAUCAAAGGCGGCGACGGAGGUGGCGGGCCAGGAGAGGGGGGCCCGAGCGGAAACCCGGCUUCCGAGCUCCAUGCCCUGCCGCAGUGGGUGCAGAGUCCAGACCUGGACUUCUCCGUGUUCAGAGACUACAUCUGCAGGAAGGUGGAGCAGGCAGACGAGGACCUCUCUGUGCCACCCUACGACUCGUUCCAGACCUACGCCUUUGAGGGCUCGGACUCCCCUGUGCCCUCCCUGAGCUCCAUCAACACCUGGUCCAGCGGCUCGGAGCAGGACUUCUCCUACCUGGGGGGCUGGGGGCCGCGUUUCCGGCAGCUGGCAGCGCUGUAUGCUGGGCACAGGGGCGAGGAGGACAGCGAGGAGUCCUAGCCAUCCCACCGACUCCCCACGAGGCUCCAGGAGGUGGACCGGGGCUCCGUGCCACGAGGUGACGGCGCGCGCCUCCGGCCAGGCUCCUCGGCUGCCGGAGAGGGGCUGUGCCGCGGGGCCGGGGAGCGCCGGGCGACGUGCUCCUUGGCAGCCGCCUCCUGUUCGGGGCACCUCUGCACCGCACGGUGAGGCUGGAGUGCCCAAAGGAGCCACUGUGGCCGUCAUCUCCUUAACACCAGUCUCCAUUAAAGCACUACGCAUUAAUUGAAGCAAGAGAAAAAUCUAAUUCAAGAGAGUUUGGAGGGGGCUUCUCCCCCACAAAUUAUCAUUUAAAUAGAUCUGUUCAGUGAGCCCAGUUCAGGAGAGGAAGAGCAAACCGGGAGCCUUUUGUUGUCUAAAUUGUUUUUGUCACUUGAGUCAGAGCAUUUGAAGUGCUUUGAUUUCUCUAAGAGCUUUCCUUGCAGAGGGAAACAAGCUUUUAACUUCUGUUCAGCUUCCCCCCCCCCUUACGUUUGCUAGCUUUCUGGAGUCGUCCUUCUCUCUGCGCGUGGGCUCCUCGGCAGCACCCGGCUGCUGGCACGGCGUUGGAGGGAGCGUGCCACGCUGGCGACGCACGUGCUGGAUGUGGGCUCCAAGGCCACAUCCUGCACUGAGCGACCGCUGCGCUAGAGUUCACUUCAAAACGCACUUCUCCAAGCUGCAAUUGCUUUGCCUCUCAGUUCUUAGACCUUGUGGUUAUCAAAGAUGCUUGUGAUUUGAAGGGCCUCGCUGCCUCCCUGCACAGCAGGCAUGGUCUACAAGGUCCUGACGUGCCCCACGGCCCCGGUGACAGAGGGGGACGUCCCGCCUGCCGCCGAGGCACGGUGCUGUGGCCUGAGCCGCAGAGCAGCCGCAGUGCUGGGGAGCGCCGAUGGAGGGGCACGGAGUGGCAUUCCCUGGGUCGGCUCUCCCAGCCCCUCGGGGCAGGCUGGGCGCGGGUCUGCAGGGUUCUCGGCCAAGCCGUAGCUUUCUACCAAAUGGCGUAGGUUGCGCAGGGCAGGACGUCGGUGCACCCUGGCCUUCAGUGGUGGGGGAGAGCUGCAUCCUGGCUAGCGGACCGUGCUGUAGGGUGCGAGAGAACCCCAGCCCCCUGGUUUGGAGGGAUAAUUCCUGCUUAUGCCCAGCUGACAGCGAAGCAUCACCAUUGGCGGUAGAAAAACCAUCCCCAGGACAUGUGUAUAAGGCCAGAUCCUGCUAGCGCUGCUGUGGGGCCAAGCUGGUUGCUGCAGGCUAGGCAGCGGGUCUGUGACACCUCGGGGUACCCAGCCCUGCAAGAAACCAGCAUGAGCUCCCGCAGCAGGGCCGCGUUUGCACGAAAUCUUUGGUUUUGGGAGGCAGAUCAGGAGGAGGCCGGUGGGAUGUGCUGUUUCUCCUCAGGCUGCAGAUGAUGCUGGAGGAAAGCGCUCACUGCCCUGCACCUUUCUAGCCUGCUGACUUCCCCUGGGGUAAAUUGAGCAGCGCGUUGAUCAACACGCUCAGGCAGCUUCUCAGGCCGUGCUGGCUAGUGCAGCUCCUUACCUGUUCAUGUUGGGAAAAAAAGUCAAUUAUAUCAUUGAUAGGUAACUGAUAAGGUCUCCCAAGGCCUGACACAUCCUGGGCUUGUCAUUGGGUUUGUCCUUUUAGUUUAGCCACAGACAGUGUUUUCUCUCCUUGGAGAAGGUUUAACUGUAAAUGUACAUGCGUGUUCAUUUUUUACUGUGUUUUGCUUCCCGGCUGCUGGUGUUGGUCCUUUGGCUGCAGCGCGAGACCUGGCAGCGGAGAGGGGCAGGACGCGGCUUUGCCCUGGCUCCUGCCCUCAGCUGCUCCUGCCCGCUGCCGCCACGUCCGCCCACACGGGAGCCGCAGCUUGGCUUUUGCGCUGGGACCAGGAGCUGCUCGCUUCUCAGGGUCUCUCUGGUCCCCCCCCCAAGGAGGUGGCGGGCACCCGCUGCUGGCACCCACGCCCCGGCAGGCUGCUGGUUCACUGUGAUGAUGCUGGGGAGGCAGCGGGGCCGAUGGGCUGCUUCACACUGGCCCGUGAGUGCCGGCUCUGGCCAUGUCGCCUCAGGCAGGUGAUGCCCUGCACCCCGGAGCAAGAGAAUGGAGAAAGCCCUCUCUUUCCUCAGGAACGUGUUUGUGUUUUCCCUCUGGGCUGAAGAGCUGUGCCCGAGCCCCUCCAGAGCUGGCCCUUCCUCUAGCAAAAGUGUUGUGCAAUAGCAGGGCUCUGUCCGUAGGAGAUGGGGUCUGACAGGGUAUGUAUUUAGCAACCCUCCCACCGGGUUAUUCCCCGUCCCCGACCAGCCAGUCCUCCCCAGCGCGCAUGCACGCACGCUUGCAUUUUAAUUUCUAUCCCACAUGUAGAUACGGGAGGAGGGUGGUGCCGAGCAAGCCGGCCGCUCCGCGCGGUGCUGCCCUGCACUCCCUGCCCACCCGCACCCGGCAGGAGGAGCUGGCAGCUGCCACAAUGUCUGAUGGAGUCACUUUGGUUUUCUUUCUCUACCCAAAUGAAAUUAGGAGGUUGAUUUCCUCACCCUUGUUAUUUUUUCAAGGUCUUUCUAGGACCUGGAAAUAAAUUAUUUCCUUGUCGUCUA